CUGAGAACGUCCGGGAAAUGGACACCCUGGGGGUAGCUCUGUCACGGACUCCGGGGGUAUUGUAUGGGUCUCACUCUGGGGGCGUGUCCGACCACCCCCUGUGUGUUUAUCGUUCACGUUAUCCUAAUUUCUCCUGCAUUUCUCCAGGACUUCGGACAUGCCGUGGCCAGACGUGGCCGCAGUAUUGCCAGCGGCACGAACUUAACCAUACUUAUCUCCUCAGUGACAAGGCUGCGCGAGCCGCGUGCUUGUAACAUUCAGCCAGACGUAUCAUGUUCAAGCUUGAAUGGGCUCCCGCUCAAUAUUUGUUUUGUACCGUAUGGGAUCUUCUUCACUGUUGCAGACUGACUGGCCCGCCCACGGAGGUCCAAGUAGUGUUCGACAAUUUUAGCGUGACAAGUAUCAGCUUCUAUGAAUAACCUUGAAUGACG